AUGCCUCCAGAUUCAAACCCAGCCGCGCCCUUUCCCGUCAGGCCUAGGUCAAAAUCCCACAAUGAUUACACUGUGGGGUGGGUUUGCGCUUUAUCGAAAGAGCUGACCGCUGCAAGGGCGAUGCUAAAUCAAGAGGAUCUACCACUUUCCAAGCCGCCAAACGACACCAAUACAUACGUUCUGGGAUCUAUUGGGGAACACAACAUUGUAAUAGCCUGCCUCCCAGAUGGUAUGAUCGGAACAAAUCAGGCGGCAAUCAUCGCAACACGAAUGAUUAGCACUUUUCAGGCUAUUAAAGUCGGUCUUAUGGUCGGCAUUGGCGGCGGUAUCCCACCAAAAGUUAAACUCGGCGAUAUUGUGGUUAGUAGACCGACUGAUCAGUACCCUGGAGUCGUUCAAUGGGAUCUCGGGAAGACGGAAAGCGGCAAAUUUAGGCGAACGGGCGCGUUAAAUAAACCCCCCCAAGCGCUCCUGACAGCCUUAUCGAUGCUAAAGUCAGAACAUGAUUUACAUGGAAUAAAAAUACAACAAUACCUGGACCAGCUAGAAGAGCGUUAUCCACACCUGGCGCCAAAGUACAGACGGCCUGGGCCCUCUAAAGACUCUUUGCCGGCGUCUAACAAAACCCAUCACCAGAGCGGAGUCCAAUCUUUGCUUCACAACAUAUUUUCUUGGUGGGGGGCAGAGGGAACGGCGGGAGCUGUUGACUUCGGUGCGGCUGAGCACGAGACGAAAGACGUAGACAUUCAUUAUGGCCUGGUCGCGUCCGGCAACCAAGUAAUCAAAGAUGCUGUCCUCCGUGACCGUCUCAACGAGAACCUCGGCGGGAAUGUUUUAUGCAUUGAGAUGGAAGCCGCAGGGCUAAUGGAUGAUUUUCCAUGUCUUGUUAUUCGCGGUGUUUGCGACUAUGCCGAUUCAGAGAAAAACGGCGAAUGGCAACAGUACGCCGCAGCCAUAGCUGCGGCAUAUGCAAAAGACUUUCUUAGAUGUCUACAGCCGGCUGCAAUUGCCAACGAACCCCUAAUGAGGGAUGUUCUAAACCAGGUUCGCGAUAAUAUGGUCAAAGUGACAUCGAUAUUGGAGAACAAAGAUGACCUCGAAAUUCUUGACUGGUUAACCCCGAUCGAAUACGGCCCCCAACAUAACGACAUUGCCCAAAAGCGACAGCUAGGUACCGGCCAGUGGCUUCUGAAACACGACAAAUAUGACAAUUGGCUGCAGAAUUCCAAAAAAAUAUUAUUCUGUCCAGGUAUGCCUGGAGCAGGGAAGACAUUUCUAGCGUCAAUAGUUGUCGAUCAUUUAUUCCGCCUGUUUAAUAACACUCCAGAGGUUGGUAUAGCAUACAUUUAUUUCAAUUAUAAACGACAGGAUCAACAGACAAUCUAUAAUAUGCUCGCUAGUAUACUAAAACAACUAGCACACCGUCAAUGCUCUGUGCUUACGAUGGUGAAAACGCUUUACGAUCGACAUAGAGCUAACAAGACAAAACCAUCAGUUGGUGAUAUCACCAAAGCGCUUCAAUUUGCGACUACUAAAUACUCAAGAGUCUUUAUCAUUAUCGACGCGCUUGACGAGUGCCAAACAUCUAAUUACUGUCGCGGGAAUUUUUUGUCAGAAAUCUUUCGACUAUAUACCCAGUGUGGCAUAAAUAUAUUUGCCACCUCGAGGCACAUCCAAGAGAUUAUUGCGCAAUUUGAACUCGAAGGUGGUACGACACUCGAAAUCCGCGCCCAUGAAGAAGACAUACGGAGUUAUUUGGACGACCAGAUAAAACAAUCAAGAAGGCCCAUAUUGUUGAAGAAUUGCGAAGUUAUCAAAUCCGAGAUUGUGAGAAUCGUUGAUGGAAUGUUUCUUCUUGCAACAUUUCAUUUUCAAUCUAUCAAGAACAAAACGACAGUUACGCAACUGAAUGAGGCCCUAGAAUCCCUCGCGACAGGACCGCAGGGAGAGAUGGCAUAUGAUCUUGCUUAUAAAGGGGCCAUGGAAAGGAUCGAAAACCAACAUCCGGACUUUAAGUCCCUAGCUGAUCAGGUUCUAUCGUGGGUCGUCUGCGCAGAAAGACCACUCAUUAAAGAGGAAUUACAGCAUGCACUUGCCGUAAAACUGGAAGUUGAUCAGCCUGAGAUUGACAAAAACAACUUCACGGAAGUUAGUGAUAUGAUCUCAGUAUGCGCUGGAUUAGUUACAAUUGACGAAGAAAGCAAUGUCGUUCGAUUAGUUCACUAUACGACACAAGAAUACUUCAAUCAAGCUCACAAACAAUGGAUCUAUGAUGCUCAAAGCAAUAUUGCGAGGGUGUGUGCCACAUAUCUAUCGUUUAAAACCUUUGAUACAGGCUUUAUUCCCACUUCGGCCAGUUUAUACCGUUACGCGGCACAAAACUGGGGACAUCACACCCGAAAGUCUUUAGUUAAAACGACGCAGUCGAGUAUAUUAAGUCUUCUCAAGAGCGAGAAUAUAGUAUCAGUCUGCAGCAAGGGUUUAGAGCCAGGGCCAUUUGAAGAUUUUAAUAUCUAUCCGGCAACAAAUAUGACAGGAAUGCACCUUGCAGCAUAUUUUGGACUAUCGGAAUAUAUUGGUCAACUGUUACGUGAGGGCGUUGAUCUAGAGACUAAAGACAGAUGGGGUCAGAGGCCACUACUAAUCGCCGCAGGAGAAGGGCACGCUGAUGUUGUGGAACUGCUGAUAUGUGGGGGCGCUGAUCGAGACGCUAAAGAUGGGCGGCAUGAGACGCCAUUAUCAUUCGCCGCGCAAAAAGGGCACGCUGAUGUUGUGGAACUGCUGAUACGUGAAAGCGCUGAUAGAGACGCUAAAAAUAAAUGGGGUCGGACGCCAUUAUUACUCGCCGCGAGAGAAGGGCACGCUGAUGUUGUGGAACUGCUGAUACGUAAAGGCGCCGAUCGAGAUGCUAAAGAUUACUAUAAUCAAACACCAUUAUCACUUGCCGCGCAAAAAGGGCACGCUGAUGUUGUGGAACUGCUGAUACGUGAAGGCACCGAUCGAGAUGCUAAAGAUAUAUGGGGUCAGACGGCAUUAUCUUACGCCAAGGAGAAAGAGGACGCUGCUAUUAUAGAGUUGUUGUUGCGCGAAAACACUGAUCAAGAGGCUAAAGAUAAACAGGGUCAAACGUCCACCACGAGUGCUGAGCGAGCGCAAGUAUCCUAA